AUGGAAAUGGAUCAGCGAACAUCAGACGCUGGUGUUUCCAAGGAUACGGUCCCAGACUUGCCGCAGAAGAAAUUUUACCGGCAGCGAGCUCAUUCUAAUCCUCAUUCCGAUCAUGACAUAGAUUAUCCGAGAACUCCUGACGACAUGGACUGGACGAAGCUGUAUGGAGACUAUGCUGAGGGAAGGCAAGUUGAGUUCGCUGAUAUCGGUUGUGGUUAUGGCGGGCUAUUAAUGAAACUGUCACCAAUGUUUCCUGAUAUUUUGAUGGUUGGCCUUGAAAUUCGGGUGAAGGUUUCAGAUUUCGUACAAGAGAAGAUAAAAGCAUUGCGAAUACGGUCAGCAGAGAGCAAUGGCUAUCGCAAUGUUGCAUGUUUGAGAUCAAACGCCAUGAAGUAUCUACCGAACUACUUCCACAAACAUCAACUAUCAAAAAUCUUCUUUCUGUUUCCUGAUCCCCAUUUCAAAAACAAGAAGCAUAAGUGGCGAAUUGUGACGCCUGGGCUGUUAGCAGAAUAUGCCUAUGUUUUACGACCUGGAGGUUUGUUACAUCCCAUCCUAUCUCUUUUUUAUUUUUCAGUUAAUGCUUUCAUUUUGCUUUUGAAAGAUAUCAUUUUUUAA